ACGCCCCGGCAGUCUUGCAGUUAACGGGAUAAUCCCAAUACGGCGCACCGUGUAGCAGAGCCGCCCCUCGGCGCCCUAAUAUCAGCAGCACUUCGGCAUAAUUGAGAAUGCCAAGCUGUGUUAUGAGAGGAUGUUUUCAUCUUAGUCUAAGUGCCCCGAAAUAAUCACAUCCCGAAACCUCGUGCGAGACCGCAGACACUGCGCGUCCUUCGCAGCGGGGAAAUCAAAGCGCCUCCAUGUUAAACGGCACGGGAAGAAACGAUGACAAGAAGCUCCGUUAAGAAUUCAAUUUUAUCUCAUUUUGAACAAUUUUAUGAAUCUGAUUCACGAAUACUGGCGAGAGAUUUAAUGAUUACAUAUUUUGAAAAUCUUAUUUCGGCGUGGUCGAUGGCAUUUGCCUUCCGUUAAUGGCAACUGAGAGAUAGGAGUAAUUUAGUAAUUGCUUCUAAGCACGGCAUCUCGCCGGGUCCAGGGACUGAUAUUGAGGGUAAUAUGUUUGCUAAUUUUAUCCCCACGAAAUGAGAUUAUUAUGAUAAUCCCUCUUUCCGUGGCUGGGGUUUUGGUCACUGGGGAGGACCUGAAGUCGUAUGACUUAGGCUAGACGACGGGAAACCGGACGAUGACAUGCCGUCAGUCAACCGGGCAGAACCGGUGCCUUCCAAUGGACAUGAAAAGCACUGAGCUCUGAGGAAGCGGCCUGUAUCUUACCGGAAUGAAGCCUUCAGAUAGACAUGCAGUAUGCAGCCUAUUUAUAGCGAUAUUAUUCAUCCUUGUAAUCUCAAUUAAACUGUACGGCGUAUGAAUAAAUAUCGGGCUCAGUGGGUCACAACUCCAGGGCUGGGGAUCGGAACCCCUGGAUCGGUAUGUCGAUACUGCCCGCAGCAUGUGACUGUGUGUUUAUGCCCUGCGACGGAUGAGCAUCCCGCUGCUGCUCUGUGCCACCUGCUAUACCUACAGAUCCCACCACCCCGUCCAUCUUAUUGGCGGCCAGAAGACGAGGAAAUAGCUGUUCGUUAAAGUGCCAUCAUUAUGACAUAAUUGCUGUAAUUGUAAACGAAAUACGAACAAUUACACAUCGACGGAUAGACAAAACAAUAUUGCCUUUAUUAAAUGUUACAUGGGCCUAAUAAAAUCCAUAUUUAAUUACACCGUAAAGAGAUAAGAGAUAUUAUAGGACUGAGCUGUUUUUGCGUAUUUCUCACAACCAUAGUAGAUAGCUUAUAGUUCAUUUUCUAUACAUUAUAGGUCUAUAUUAAUAUACAUUAUUAAAAUUCUGUAUAUUAAAUAAUGUACAUUGUGUAUAAUAUCGUAGCAGGAAAUGCAUGAUGCUUGCAUGCAUCUUGCACGUUAAUAGUCGCAGUUUAUUUUAUUUUUUUAGAAACCAGGGAUUCCUAAUUUUCAUCAUUUUAGACAGAAAACGCUAAAUAAUUCCCGCCUGUAUGUUUUUUCGCUUCUGCCCCUGUUUGCGCAGUAUGUGAUGCAUUUAAACUGGCAUUUUCCUGUUCCCUCCCUUCGUUUAUAUCUGCGGCCGAACAAAUUGUAUUCCAAAGAUGGAGAAAUAUUUUUCCUCAUUUAACGUCCUUUCCCCCCCCCAUUUGUGUACCACUUGGAAACCGAAAAUUUGCGUCUCGUUAUUCUGAUUCUUGGGGAAAACGUUAUAUGUUAGUAAAAUCAUUUGUGAGAUUGUUACAUUUACUGCGCGCUCAGUUUAAUUUAAUGACAUGCUGGCAAUAAAAUGUAGGCCCACGAUAUAAAUUUAGGACAGAAGGUAAAUUAAUACGCGUUAUCAAAUCGUGUAAAUGAUAUGCGACUGUACAAUGGAACGCUGGUAUCAACAAGCGGCGCGUUAUUUCCGAGACUAAUUAAUGAUUUCUGACCGUGCAAAAGCUGAAAUAGUCACACUGCGCUAUGCUACUAAAACAGUCCAACGAAGAGACCACUACACGUCCACAAUGUUGUAGGCUCGGUUAUUUUGAAAUGUGUCAUAUACUAAGCUGUUUAUUUAAUUCGACAACAUGAAAACAUUAAUUUGUGUUUACAUAUUCUAAUGUAUAAAACGCUCAGCCCUGUCAAAGGGACCGUUUCAAUAACGGGCGUGCUAUACCCACAGAAGAAAGCCUUGUUUGAAUGAAAAAAGGGAUAGUAACUGUAAUUCUAUUUGCCUCGGUAAACUAUCAGAAGGGUUCUCUCCGUUCUUUGUGUAUUAUUGGAUUAAUUCUUAUAUGGUUUACAUUUCCACUGCCAGGCGCGUGGGGGAGAGCCCCUGGACCAGUUGGUCUUUGGUUUCAAUAAUUAAAUUAACCAUUUGGUAGAAUUUUUCGCCAGAACUCGCGUGUAAAGAGAGAGGGAGAGAAAAAAAAACAUUUAGAUAAAAGGGGCCGGGUUGUGUCAAAGAGCGAACUUUCCUGAUGUUCACCUAUAUAUAUAUUUUUUUUUAAGGCGAGAUGAAAAUAGAUAAGAACCAAAGCUAAAUAUCAAGCGCAAUGUAAUUUAUUAAAAAUAGCACUUUCACCGAGUAUUUGUCUUUUGAAUUAGAUAUUAAAUUUUAAAUUUUUAUUAGUAUUUGUCAUUCUUCACCAUAUUUCAUAAUAUUGAAAUGGAUCCCAAUCAAUUGGUAUUAAAUUAGGUACUGAUAAAGAUAUACCUCCUGCGUGCCUCUCGAAUUAAAUCCUAGGGGGUACAAAGAGUUACGGUACGAAUGAUGUUUUCAGAAGAGGAGAUUGUAUGUGUGGCUGGAGACCGAGAAACGAGCCGUUUAAUCUUGAAAAAUUUUAUUUUCCGUCGCCAGACAGUGAUCAUCCAUUUUCAUCGUUGUUCGCGACCAAAAGGGUUAGGAAUGAAUGACCCCCUUUAUUUGAUCACAUAAUCUGUUAUAAAUGAGUGACACACUUCGUCUGAUCAAAUAAUCAGUGCAAAACAAGUGUAGCAAUAAAAUCAGCGGAGACCAUAACAUAUCAUAUCUACCGAGCAUUAAAGCCCCCGUAUUUGUCAGGACUGUUUUGGUAGCAUUGGACAUACUGCAUUACAGUGAUAUUUUACGUUAUAUUUAAGUGCUCCAGAAGAGUAGAAAAUAUAAAGGAUUAGACACCCUUUAAAACCCGAAGGAAAAUAAGCGUCACUAAAAUCAAUACUGGUUUAAGUCAAUUUCCGGUUCGAAUUAAAUAGUAUAUCAAUGGUAUCUAAAAUAAAAUAAAGUGCUUUAUGGAACCAGAUAAGUGUCCGCCAGCAUUAUAUUGCUUUGAUUAUUAAUAUGUUUUCAGUAUUUAAGAAAGUAUUAAAUUAUUAUAGAUAUUAUAUUAGACAUAUAAUAUGUUGUAUAAAAAGGGUAGUAUCUUUUGCUGGUACUUUUUCUGCACAAAUACGCAAAACAAAACCUCUUUAUGAGUCAUACAAAAUGUAUAUCGGCCUAUUGAUCAAUAACUUUACACCCUUAUCACCUCAUGUCUGUAUGCUUUUUAAUAAAUCACAAACUUAUUAUUACUUAUUACAUGUUACAUUUAUGCAUCAAGGAGAAGCAUCAUUUAAAUACUGAAGGAAUUUAUUGUCAUUAAUCAUCAGUCAAUAUUGCUUUAAACAUCAUUUGGCGCAACAUUCCUAUUAACAAUAAAUGUAUUAGAAAAUAUUUCAUAGUAUCACAUUGUUCCCAUUUCGGUUGUUUCUUAUAUCUUUAAAAUAUCUUACGUGCUUCAAGGACAUUAGAAUGGCGCUAAACAAGAUCCGUAGCAUUCCGAUAGGAAAGGCAGCGCGCGAAUUCAGCGCUCUUUAUCCCAGGGAAUAACAGAAAACAAGCACGGGAAAGGAUUUCAUCCAAGGUGGGCGCUCUUUUAAAAGCCUUAAGAGCCUGAGCAAAAUUGGAUCAGGGAGAAUCGUCACCCAACUUUCAUUAUUUCCAAGCGGUGGGAUUGAAUUAAAGGGCAAGACGGUGGUUAGGAGAGAGGAUGAGGGGGCCCAGCGCGUAAUGGUGAGGUAUUAAACUCUAAUUAGGGAUGCAGAGAAUCAAUGAUAGCGGAGGUUGGACAGCUCGGUCCCCAGUGCCAGCCCAAAUAGACGGAUGAGUUAUUGUCAUGUAAAACGCGCCAGCGAUAAGACCAAACGCUUUGCUAUUGUCCAAGAGGAAAGAGACAAGUUUAUUAUGAGGAGUAUAUGCUCUAGAGGCCUCGGGCUAGGCGGUUCAUAGACGGCUUUUCAUAAAACAAGGCGCCGUUCCUAUGAAGGAGGCCAGUUUUGAAGCAGGCGCUGAGCAGUGCACAUCUACCUAUACAAUACGGCCGCUCUCAAAUAAAAAUAAACGUCUGUGUAGCUGCUCACUCUCAGUACGUUUCAUUUAUAUACAUCCGUCGCAAUUUAAAUCCAAUUUUUGAUCGAGCAGCUUUUUUCUAUAACGCCGAGCUUUUUUCAAUGUAUAAAAUGGAGUAUUCUUACCUUAAUUCCUCCGCCUACGAGUCGUGUAUGGCCGGGAUGGACACCUCGAGUCUGGCAUCAGCCUAUGCGGAUUUCAGCUCCUGCAGUCAGACUGGGGGCUUCCAGUACAAUCCGAUAAGGACCACGUUUGGGGCCACCUCGGGCUGUCCUUCACUCACGCCGGGAUCCUGCACUUUGGGGACACUGAGGGAUCACCAGAGUAACCCCUAUGCCGCAGUUCCCUACAAAUUGUUCACGGAUCACGGCGGCUUGAACGAGAAGCGCAAGCAGAGGCGCAUCCGGACGACGUUCACGAGCGCGCAGCUCAAGGAACUGGAGCGCGUGUUCGCCGAAACGCACUACCCCGACAUUUACACCAGGGAGGAGCUGGCGCUCAAGAUCGACCUCACCGAGGCCAGAGUGCAGGUGUGGUUUCAAAACAGACGCGCGAAGUUCCGCAAGCAGGAGCGGGCGGCAGCUGCGGCGGCCGCUGCGGCCAAGAACGGAUCUUCUGGAAAGAAGUCGGACUCCAGGGAUGAUGACAACAAGGAACCGAAAGCUACUGAUCCAGACAGCACGGGUGGCCCGGUACCGAAUCCAAAUCCUACCCCUAGCUGCGGAGGACCAAGUCCCACUGGAGGACAAGUAAACAGCGGCGGAAACGGCCCUGUGGAGCAAGUGAAGACGGCCGCUGCGGGCGUUUUGGGCGGCACCGCAUCUAGCCAGGGAUGGGCGCCUGGCCCGGGCACCAUCACAUCCAUUCCGGACUCCUUAGGCGGCCCCUUUGCGAGCGUGCUGUCCUCGUUGCAGAGACAGAAUGGAGCCAAAGCCGCUCUAGUAAAAACGGGCAUGUUCUAGAUGAAACGUCAAGCAGGAAAACGGGGGACGGUGCAUCCGGAGCGAUUCGCUUACAAGAAAGGGCGUCCGCACACACAUCGCUGUGACCGAAGAGGAAGACGUGAAUGGACCGGAACAUUUGGCAAUGUGGAGAAAAUGUCUGUGUCUAUUGAGAACAAGGCGGAACCCAAACAUGUUGCUCCACAAUAUUUCAUUCUAAUCUCUGUGUUCUUGUCGAGGUGAUGUGUCGGCACUUAUUCGGGAUCAUGCAGCGAAUUCCUGCUCCAUUCUAUCAUGUUAUCCUUCCAUUUAUUCUUGGAAAAACAGAUUCUGUAACUCGGAGUUGAAUUUUUUUGUCGAUCGAGACAUUUUUUCCUUUUUUAUAUAACGAUUCAAUUUUCUAUAUUGUAAUUACUGUUUCGCUUGUUAAGACGGAUUGAUUUUUAAGUGUUACAAUUAGCAGUUUAGUUUUGAGGGAUAUACUUCCUUAAAGGCACAAAAACACAUCUCACUGUUGGCAGUAAUACUUAAAGGUUUGUGCGUCUCUCUGCGGCUGUUUGUGUGGCUCGGUUGUAGUGUUGAUACGUAAUUGUCUCUAUAUUUGGUCCUAGGACAUGCCCAUUAGAAGUCUAUGGAGAACCUGCAAAAUUGCAUCAGAUACUAUCACCUUACACAAAGUCGGGAUACAUUCGUUUGGGGAGAAAAUAGAGUGGAUUGACACAAUGUAUUUAUUUAAUUUCCAUCUGCAUGUUGCAUCUUUAUGUCUUAUUCAUUUUAAGUGGGCAUUUUUAAGGUUUAGUCCAGAUCUGAAUUUUAUUUAUAUGUAGGCAAUGAAUGCUUUAAAGGGCAAUAUUUCUACGAGUGCGUACAAUUUCCCAGCGUUUCCCUGACCGGAAGCGUUGAUAAAAUGCUAAGGAUGUAGUUAGCGCCGCCUUUUUAUUUCCCAAGGUUCCUCCCGCAAUGCGGACAAACUUCGUGGGGCUCUCGCCUGACUUCAUCGGAGAAUCACUCAUUAUAUUUAUUCGUAAAAAAAGGAUAAACUUGAAAUAAACACAUGGCAAUUGCA